AUGGAUCUUUCUCAGCUGCCCACUGAAAUUCUGUGGAUCAUUUCGUCCUAUCUUUCACGCCAAAACGAUGUCUACGCAUUUGUUAGAACCAAUCGUCAUCUGUACCAAGAGCUGGGAAAGUGUCUACCUUAUUGGAAUGCUCAGUACGAUCACGGAUCAGCGCUCGCCUUUACCGCCGAAUACAAUCUUCUUCCACAACUCAAAAAUCUUUUAGUCGGGCUGUUAAAUGUUGCCCGAACUAAACCCCAUUCGCGUCCGCGGGAUCCGACCCAGGUUUCCCAGUUGGCCGGAAUUAGACAUGGGGAUCCCCGGUAUUCCUAUCUAUGCAAGUGGAAUUUGAAUACCGAGGGGGAGAUUGAUUCCGAAUGGGAAGAGGAAUUAGAAUGGGAAGAGGAAAGAAGAAGAUCAGAUCCGUACUGGGAAGAUAUCUAUACCCAUCGUCUUUCCUCGCAAGGUCACUGCUUUGAAAGUAUUAUCAACAUUCAGCAUGCUCUAGCAUUGGCGAUCCAAGCUGGAAAUACAGAGAUUGUUCAGACUCUGUUGAAGUUUGGUGCAGAAAUUAACUUCUAUCGUGGAAGUCGUACUGCGAACCCAUUUCCGAUGUUUACCGAUAAAGCACGGCAUAGUAGUCGAGUCAAAAUUGACAAUCCACCGUUAUUUAUUGCAGUCCAGUAUGGACACACUGAGUUAGUGAACAACUUGCUCGAUUGUGGUGCCGAUCCACAGCGGUAUACCCCUUCGCCAUUAUACCGCGCUGUUGAAGAUGAUCGCCGCGAUAUUGUUUCCAUUCUACUGAAAAGAGAUAUACGAUCCCAGAAAUCAGCCAUAAAGCUUGCUUCAUUACGUGAGAAUUACGCCAUGGUUGAAUUUCUUCUGUGCAAUGGCUUGAAUGCUGCAGAGCAUGGGCAUGUUAGCCUAUAUGUUGCUGAAAUGAAAGGUUACAAGGAAAUGGCCGAUUUACUAAGGCGUCAUGGUGCAAGCUUUGAUACGCUCUCCAAUCGAGACAGAGAGGACUGGCAAAAGGAAGAUAGAGAUGGUACUGAUCGUCCCCAUCAUUUCUUUCAAUCUUGUAUCCCAUCAGAAGAUUAUCCUGAUGACACCGAAGCCCCAGAGUCUGAGUCGGAAACCAAUGAAUCGAUGUGA